UUCUUCUCUUUUUUUUUUUUUUGUUAUACGGCGGGACUGAGUGGGACAUAACCUUCACUGUCUUUUUCUUUGUUGGUAAUUGCGGUGGACGAGAUAGCUUUGGAUAUUAUUACACAUAUCUCAGACGAUCUGGGAAAACGGCAAGGAACGUCAUCUAUGACAUCUCAGUCUUGAAUCUCAGUCGUUCCGCCUCCUCUCUCUCUUUCUCUACAUAUCUUGACCCCCACUACUUCUUCCACCACUUACCGCGACUUUUGAUAUACAACAAUCUACAGAACAUUCAACUCAAACCGAAUCAGCUUAUCUUUAUCUUGGUUAAAUGGACGGGGUGAUAGAUCUCGACAGCGUGGAUUUACCGCCAGCGAUCCCUUCGUCAUAUCCGCACCUUGCUCCCCUAGACCGCGACGGCCUGCGCAGAAUCGACGGCGCGAUCUCGACAACCGACGGUAUCUCUCCCCGCGGCAUGUCUACCACCACAACUACUACCCCCACCACAGCAAGACGGCGAGCAGGGCGCGCAGCAAGACCGGCAGUCCCGCCGCCGGACGCAGCCGACAUCAUCGACAUCGACGAGAUCCCGGAUCCACCGCAACACCAGACCAGGGACGACAUCGCCGAAGUUAGCAGGACGAUGGAGAUCUUUGGCUGCAGCGAGACCGCUGCUCGCAGACUUAUGGGGCGGGGAUAUCCCGUGUCUGACGCACCGGUACCGGACGACGCGGCGACGAGUACGCGGGCUGCUGCUGCAGCGGCGCGAAGGGGGGAUGGGGAUGCGGUCAGGACUGUGCGCGUCGGUGGCGGAAUCGGCGACAAUCUGCACUCGCGACUCGCCAUCAUCCGGCGCGACGCGGUCCCCCCAUCCCAGCGCCAAACCCGCAGCACCACAAGCAUCAACACAAACAGUCCAAACCAUCCCCGGAGGCCGGCACAAACCGCACCAGAGUGGCCGUCCGCCGCGCUCUUUGAGCGACGAAUCUACGAAGGACUGCGCACGAUCGACCUUGCGCGCGCCUCGCGCCGAGUAGUUCCGAUCGCGUCGAUGCGCUACCGCGUCGGCGACCCUGCGAUGUCGCGGCGCGCACACAGAUACGCCGGCCACAGCCACAGCCAUCACCAUCACCACCCGCUGCCGCUGUCGGACGAGGAACUGCUUAUGCUUGGCGGUCUGUUUGACGAGCAUCCGCCGGAGGACUUUGUCGAGCCUGAACUGCACUACGGCGGCGGCCGGCUCGAUGUGCCGAUUCGACACCGCGACGGGCGGGAGUUCACGUACGGGCAGUUGAUGCAGGAGAUCGACCCGCUUGUCGACGACGAGAUAAUAAGGCUGAUGAGAGACCGAAGCAGAAGCAGAAGCACCAACCACGCCGAAAUCAAGCGGGCGCCGACGGUGCCGCCUGCGAGCAAGCAUUUCACGCGAAUGGUGCGGGCAGGGCGGAAACUGCGCUGCGCAGAGUGCGAGUGGGAACUAGGCGCGCCGUCGCAGGAGUUUGCGGAGGCGGCCAAGGCGGUGAAGGAGUACAACGAAGUGCCAGAGGCGGAGAGGAUCGGGACCGCGCCGAAGAUGCCGCAGGGGGUGGACGCGCAGCGCAAGAUGUUUGCGGGGAAGUGCGGGCAUGUGUACUGCGGAGGGUGUAUGAAGAAACACCGGACGCUCAUCCGGCGGCCGAGGAAGGACGGGGCGAGCGGGGCGUGUGUGGUGGAGGGGUGUAAUACGAAUAUCAGUGGGCCGAGGGCGAUGAUAGAGAUGUUUUGCUGAGCUGGGGGCAGCGAGGGUGCAUUCGUGAGGUCUAUGUAUUUUUUCACUAUUUUUUACCAUUUAUUUCUUGGUUAUGUUAUGUGGCAUUAUGUGCGUUUGAUUUAGUGUACAGUGUUUCCUAAACCGAAUCAUUCAUCAAUUGUAAAUAAAGCAGACUAUUUCUGCUCCAGGAAACCCAGGUCGAGGACGA